AUGUCGAAAUUCGAGUACCCGCGGCUCCCUCGCCAAGAGCUCAUCACCGUGCUGGCCGAAUCCCAAAUCGCCGUCGUGUCGGAGGCCGACCUCCUCCGUCCCGAUCCGGAGCAAAUAUGCAACCUCUACGCGCACAUCUUGUUCCACAUAGAUAUCUUCCAGGAGGACCAGGGGCAGAUUGAGUUUGGGGCGUUGGAGCAGCUCGAGAACCCGGAUCAUCACACCCACUCGGUUCCGAUCAUUAAUUUGUACAACAAGGUCAGGCAGCUUGUGGCCGCCGUCAAUUGCCCCAAAUCCUUUACUCCGAAGGAUUUGAUAAAGCCGGAGCCUGAUCGCACGGAGCUUUUCCUCAGCGCACUUCUCAAUUUUCACCUCCACAGAGAAACGAAAUUAGACCUGUUGAAACCAUAUGGGGAUGAUUUAGAUCUUUUUGAGAGGCGGCAAGAAGAGGCUCAAAACAGAAUUCAAGAGUUAAAUGCGGAGAUAGCGGAUUUCGAAGAGUUGAGAGAGAAGGAAUUGCCGCUUGUUCAGGAAGUAAGUUCUAAAGUCAAGGAACUGCAUCAGAGAGUUUCAGAACUCAACAAGUACCAAAUGAAACUCAAAACUGAAAUCAAACAAGAGAAGGAGAAAAUCAAAGAAUUGGAUGAGAAGAUUUCUAAUGCAGAAUUCGCACUAGUACAAACUGCCCAAGAAAGUGCUAGUUUACGUUCUAAAAUUGUCCAGUCCCCAGACAAGCUUCAGAGGGCUUUGGAGGAGAAAAAGUUGGUCCAAAUUGAAACAAAAGAUGCCGAGAGAGCUGCAGUACAGUCCUUUCAGGAGAAGACUGCCACCCUGGAGGCCUAUGCUAAGGCUUGCAAGAAAAUGUCAAAGCACUUAUCUCAGAUGCAAACCCUUCAAGAGCAGGUGAAUUCUGCUAAGACAGUUGAUAAAGAUGUGAAGAUCCUCAAAAACAAGCUUAGUGACGAAGGAGUCCUAAUUAAGUCGCUUGAAGCAAAACUCGUGGAGCUGCAAUCUAAAGCUGACCAGUUAAAGGAGUACAAAAAACAGCUGGAGAAGGAGAGAACCCAAACCCAUGCAGAGGCAGACAAAGAGUUGAAAAAUGUGAAAUUGGAAGUGGAUUCAAAGAGAAAUUCUUUGCAACAGAGGCAAAGAGAGGUGGAACUGAUUGUUAGCGAGGGGGAUAUUUUAACUUCGAGGAGGAAAACUGUGAAGGAGGAAGCAGAAGCUAGAAUGCUAGAAUUGGACCGUAAAUCUGAAGAAAUUGUUGCAGAGUUUGAGAACUACUCGAAAUUGAUAAGCAACUUGUUGGCGGGAACUGGAGUGGACUGA